CCCUGACCCUGUCUGGACAGUGCUGAUUGGCCCUGUUCCAAUCACAUGCACCCUCCCCGCCCCCAAAAAAAGACUCUCUAAACAAUACCUACCAAACAGAGCAUGUGCAGACUUGCCACUGCUGCUCUAACUAUUGCAGAUGGAUUGGUGACUGUGGAAGAAGGGGAGGAUCAGAGAAGACAGGUCACACAGCCUUUUUACACAAUGCAGGGGAUUAACCCCUUUGGUUCCACAGUAAGUAUAAUAAGCAUUCUUUAUGGCAUAUACAGACUGAUUUUACUGUUGUGGGUUUAGUAAAACUU